CAGCGCAGCAGCGGGCAAGUGAAAUGGCCUUUGUGAAAGCUCAAAAGUCAAAGGCUUACUUCAAACGUUUCCAAGUCAAAUAUAAAAGAAGAAGAGAAGGAAAAACUGAUUAUAGAGCUAGAAUUCGGCUGAUUAAUCAGGACAAAAAUAAGUACAACACGCCAAAGUACAGAUUCGUCGUUCGAUUUACGAAUAAGGAUAUUGUUGCACAGAUUAUAUCUGCUAGCAUUGCUGGCGACAUCAUCCUUGCAGCAGCUUAUGCCCAUGAGCUACCUCGUUAUGGGCUUGAAACUGGCCUUACGAAUUAUGCGGCAGCCUAUUGCACUGGACUCCUAUUGGCUCGCCGUGUCUUGAAGAUGCUUGAAAUGGAUGAAGAAUAUCAGGGAAAUGUUGAGGCUAGUGGCGAAGACUUUUCGGUUGAACCAGCAGAGAGCAGGAGGCCAUUCCGUGCUCUCCUUGACGUUGGUCUUGUCAGGACGACAACCGGAAACCGAGUUUUUGGUGCUCUCAAGGGAGCAUUGGAUGGUGGCCUUGAUAUUCCUCAUAGCGACAAGAGAUUUGCUGGUUUUAAGAAGGAUGACAAGCAGCUUGAUGCUGAAGUUCAUAGAAAGUAUAUCUUUGGCGGUCAUGUUGCGGAUUAUAUGAGGAUUUUGAUGGAGGAUGACCCUGAAAAAUAUCAAGCUCAUUUCAGUGAGUAUAUUAAGAGGGGUAUUGAACCUGAUGGCAUGAGUGAGUUGUACAAGAAGGUUCAUGCUGCCAUUCGAGCUGAUCCAACAUUGAAGAAAUCUACCAAGGAACCUCCCAAGGAACACAAGAGGUAUAAUUUGAAGAAACUGACUCCUGAGGAGAGGAAGGCUCAGCUUGUUGAGCGGAUGAAUGCUCACAACAAAGCUGUUUAUGCUGAUGAGCGUGGUGAUGAUGAUGAAGAUGAUGAUUAGUGUGAUUAGUGUCGUUAUGUGUCUUUUAGAGUUUGUGUGUCUCUUUGAACUCACAUUGACUUGGAUUUUUCAUUUUCCUCUUUAUCUAAAUCUAUUUGUCAUUUAGAACCAAAAUGUUUUUAUUUGUCAAUUUUGACUUUUGAUCUCAUGAUGUUUUGGAUUUA